CGGAGGACCAACACGGCCGUUACUGUGGCAUAAAAACAGUCUGUAGGUUUCCACAUAAGAGGAAUUUAUUUUUGUUGUUGUUAUUUUUUUUAUAAUAUAAUCGAAACGGCAGAAGUAAGACCUUGACUACGGUUGGCCAUGUCCGUUGACUAUGCCGCUGGACUGUCUCCCUACGCAAAUAAAGGCGUUUGCGGUCUUCCUGAGGUGUUCGACCAGUCUGAGGAGCUGCACGCUAAGCUGGAGACCCUGGCUCAGCUGGUCCGAGACUCGCAGUACAUGGUGGUGCACUCGGGGGCCGGGAUUAGCACUUCGGCAGGCAUUCCUGACUUCAGGGGCCCUAAAGGUGUGUGGACGAUGGAGGAGAAGGGUGAGACUCCUCACUUUGACACCACGUUCGAGGCAGCCAAGCCCAGCCUGACCCACAUGGCGCUGCUGCAGCUGCAGAGAGCCGGCUACCUCAAAUACCUCAUCAGCCAGAAUGUGGAUGGGCUGCACGUGCGCUCGGGCUUCCCCAGGGACCGAUUGUCAGAGCUUCACGGAAACAUGUUUGUCGAGGAAUGCGAGAAAUGUGGCAAGCAGUACGUGCGCGACACAGUCAUUGGGAUCAUGGGCCUGAAACCCACAGGACGCUACUGUGAAGUCACCCGCUCCAGAGGGCUCCGGUCCUGCAGAGGGAGGCUGAUCAGUACCAUUCUGGACUGGGAGGACUCGCUACCAGACCGAGACCUGAACCGGGCCGACGAAGCCAGCAGACGAGCGGACCUGGCUCUGACUCUGGGAACGUCGCUGCAGAUUAAGCCCAGUGGUGAUCUCCCUCUCCUGACCAAGCGCUCUGGAGGGAAAGUGGUGAUAGUCAACUUGCAGCCAACCAAACAUGACAAGCAAGCCUCCCUGCGUAUCCACGGCUACGUGGACGAGGUCAUGUCACAGCUGAUGAGGCUGCUGGGGCUCGAGGUGCCGGAAUGGGCGGGGCCAGCGCUCUGCGAGACCUCCGGCGGCGACGCCGACAUCCUGCCCUACGGCGCCUGGAAGAAGGAGGUGAAGCUCGAGCUGAAGGUGGAAGAGAAGGAGAGUGGUGGCCUACGGACGAAGGCGCCGAAGAGACGGGGCCAAGCCGGAGAGGUGCGCAAAGAAGGCGGGGUCAAAAAGGAGGAGGAAGAGGACUCGGCGGAAGCCUGCAAGCGUGAGGCUCUUGGGGACACGCAUCCAGAGCCGAUCGCAGCACGGCACGUGCUCAACGGCUGUUCCCGGAUCUCCCCGCGUUCCGCCCUAGGGGACGAGGCAAACGCGGACGACUGCCACGGGGCUAAAAAGUCACGCACCGAGGCUCUGCCCUUGUAGACUCUUCCAGGUAACACCAGCGAUGCACCAUCUCAGGCAGUGUGCAGCCCAGUAAGUCAUGUGCUGCUCACACAGAGUGAUGUCCAAUGCAGACUCCACCACUGGAAACUGGUAGCAGGUCACUGACACUGCAGGCCGCUUGACUAGACACUUAUGUAGUGUGAAGUUCAGUCAGUGACGUUUAAGUAGAUUGUUUAAGCAGUUUUUAGCCUGAGAGCGAGCCUUGCUGAUCGGAGCCUUGGCCAGCAUUCACAGUGGGCGUGUACGAGGGGUGCGGGCUUGUUUCUCAUAUUAAUCUUAAUGUGGGGGACAAAAUGCAGGAAGGUGUGUGACUGUCAGAUCUCAGAUCAGCACCUUCUGUUUUCUUUCACUUAGGAUCAUCUUUCUAAUGUUAUAUCACUUUUUUUUGUUGUUUGUUUUUUACCUUAUAACCAGCCUAAGUUUGUAAAUAAACACCAGCUCAAAAGGA